GGAGCUCGCCGCAAAGGCCGCCGCCGGGUUAGAUGGCCGCCGGGGGAGACAGGGCGCUGCGCGCCCCCGGUGCCAACCCGGUCUUCACGUGCCUGACGGACGCGCGGUCGCUGCUGACGGGCACGCGCUUGAGCGCGGCGGUACCGCUCCUCUACAAGACCACCGCGAGCGAGUACGGCGCCCUGCGGCCCAUCUCGGCCACGGCGCCUUGCCGCUUCUGCCCGCGAGAGAGCGCUUUCACCGCCCGCCUGGCCGCCGCCGGGCCGCCGCAGCACAACGGGAUCAACACGGGUGCCGACCGCUCGCCGGUGUAGUCGCCACCCACCUCCCGCGCGCCCCGCCAGG